CAGCCGGGACGGGCGGGACCCCCCUCCCGCGAUGCCGCCGGGCCGUGUCCCCCCGGCCCGUGCAGCCGCGGCUCGGGGAGAACAAAAGGCAGGAGCGGGAGGAGGCGCGAGGAGGAGGGCAGGCGGCCACGGUGGGGGGAUAAAAGGCUCAGCGAGGACCCCCCCCUCCUCCUCUGCCCCAUGUCCGAGCCCGCUCCGCCGCCCGGCAUGGCCCGCCCGCCGCUGCCCGCCGCUGCCGCCUUGCUGGCCGCCGCUCUGCUGCACUGCGCGCCCGCCGCGCCCGCCCGCCGACACAAGCCGGACAUCUCUCGAAAGCACCACACCUGGAAGGAGCAGGCUCCUUGGCUGGCUGCCCUGGUGAACGCCGUGGGCACGGCUGUGCCUGCCAAGGGCUUCCCCGCGGCCGCCGCCGGGCCCCGGGCCGGCUGGAACCCGCGCCGCUGCGGCGUGCCCGACCUGCCGGCGCUGCCCGACGGCCCCGGCGGCCGCAACCGCCAGAAGCGCUUCGUGCUCUCCGGGGGCCGCUGGGACAAGAGCAACCUCACCUACAGAAUCAUCAGGUUCCCAUGGCAACUUGUAAAAGCUAAGGUGAGAAGGACCAUAGAGGAAGCUUUGAAAGUCUGGAGUGAUGUGACCCCGCUGACCUUCACCGAGGUGCAGGAGGGACGGGCUGACAUCGUCAUCGACUUCACCAGGUACUGGCACGGAGACAACUUGCCUUUUGAUGGGCCUGGAGGGAUCCUGGCACACGCGUUCUUCCCCAAAACACACCGGGAAGGAGACGUGCACUUUGACUAUGACGAGACCUGGACGAUUGGGAACAACCUGGGCACUGACCUCCUGCAAGUGGCUGCCCACGAGUUUGGCCACGUGCUGGGCCUGCAGCACACGGCUGUCUCCAAGUCCCUGAUGUCCCCUUUCUACAUCUUCCGCUACCCCCUGAGCCUGAGCGAGGACGACAAGCAAGGUAUCCAGUACCUGUAUGGGAAACCCUCACUGCAUCCUGACCCAACCCCAACCCAGCCAGCAGAGCUGCCCCAGCCAGACCUCGAAACAAACGAGAUCACCAACGUGGAGGCCCUGCAGCCCGACGCCUGCCUCACGGCCUUCGACGCUGCAGCCACCAUCCGAGGGGAGCUGUUCUUCUUCAGCUCCCGCUACGUGUGGCGGCUCCGCGCUGGAAAGCUGCAGGACGGCUACCCGGCUCUGGCCUCUCGCCACUGGCAGGGCAUCCCCAGCUCUGUCGAUGCCACCUUCGAGGACCCUCUGGGCAACAUCUGGUUCUUCCAAGAUUCUCAAUACUGGAUUUAUGAUGGUGAGAGACGGGUAUCUGGCCCCACCCCAAUCGUGGAGCUGGGCCUCCCUGCAUCCCCAGUGCAGGCUGCUCUGGUGUGGGGGGCUGAGAAGAACAAGAUCUACAUCUUCAGUGGCGGCAACUACUGGCGCUUCAACCCCCAGAGGCGCCAGGUGGACAACAUCUACCCGCGGGCCAUGGCCGACUGGCGCGGCGUGCCGCCGGAGAUCGACGCCGCUUUCCAGGAUGAGCUGGGUUUUGCCUAUUUCCUGAGGGGCCGAGACUAUUGGAAGUUUGACCCAGUCCAGGUGAAAGUGCUGGAGGGCUACCCACGCCAGAUCAGCCAGGACUUCUUCAGCUGCACACCCUCCUCCAACUCCUUCAGAUGAGGGGCAUGCCUGUGUCCUCCACACUCCCCUGUCAUCUCCCUUUACCUCCAGCAGCCACACAGAGGGUUCCCUCUGCCAUUCCUGGCUUCCUUCCAGGCUCAGCAUCUGACACAACAGGUGUCUGUCACAAGUGACAAAGUUUGCUCCUCUCCAGUUCCAGCAGCCCCUGCUUCAGCUGCUAUCAAUGUAAAAGCAGCUGCCAUGUUCUUUACAGGCAAGGGAGGCCACUCUCUUCUAGCAAUAGCAUCCCAAAAGCCAUCAGGCCAGCCUGGAAUGGGAUCACGCUUUCAUAAUUAAUCUGAACCCAUCCUGUAGAACUGAUCCACGGCAUUUCCUGUGUUUACACAACUCACUGCGGCAGCCCUUCGCUGCUGCAGACGCUGGCCGAGGAGGAAUGACCCCCGAGCCCGGGGCUUUGAAGGACAGCGGCCCUACCUGCAGGGGAGGAGCACUGCUGCCAGACCCACUCCGCCGGGGCAGCCGUGCUGACUGCCAGGGCCCUGCCGCAGCCCUAGCCGGCUUGACCUUGUAUCCCUAGCAUGCGUUAGGAUUUCGUACCGAUCUGUAUAGUGACAAGGGGCCGCCUCCCUCCCUCCCUCGCUCCCUCCCCGGUGCUGGGUGCCAGUGCUGGACACUGCCCCGCGCUCAUCCCGCCGCGGUUCCCAUCCCGGGAUGCUCAGAUGCACUGAUUGCUCGUACCGCCGUUCCGGGCCCGGGCUGGCACCGCAGCCCCGCCGUGCCUGCCCGGCCUUACACCGAACACCCCGGGCUGCGAACAGCCCCCUCCCCGUCCCAGCCGAGCCCGGGUGCGCGGCGCGGCGCUGGGGAUGUGCCGGGAGCCGCGGGCCCAGCGCAGCCCGCUCCGUGUGUAUUUAUGUUCCGCCCCGCCACAAUAAAA